CAAUCUGGGCUAAUGUUUGUACGUAUUAUCUUUCCAAUCUUGUCUGUAAUUCCGUAAUUUAUAUUAUAUUUUUUAAUAAUUUAUAUUGAACAUAUAAAUUACAUGUGUUCUUUUUAUCACCGAUUUUUAUCUUUUUAAAUGUUGAAGAAAAAAGUAUAAAACAACGAAUUACAUGUACACGGAUUUAAAUUAAUUUUUCCAAAUUAUUUUGUAUUGGUAAAAAAAAUGAAACAAGGUAUUCGAUCGUUGUGACAUUUUUCGAUAGCCUAUCAUUAGAUAAACCUAUUGUCCCCUAUAUAAAACUGCGUUGACAUUAGAUUUUUUUAUAUUUUAAAAUACCAAUUCUUCAUAGUUUUAUCUACUAUAAACAUAUGAACAUUUCUUGAACGAAAUAAAAGUACACUCAACAACACGAAUAAUGAGUACCACGUGGAUUUUAAGAUUCAUCGUUUGUCUCCUUUGUUAUCGAGCAUCUUUGGCAGAACUGAAACUUGUACAGACGAUAUUUAGACAUGGAAACAAAAUGCCAUCGAAUAUCAAAUUUUAUCCCAACGAUCCUUAUAUUAAUUAUACUUACGAGCCGGCGGGACGAGGAGGUUUAACAAAUGUUGGUAAAAUGACCAUAUACAAAGUUGGGCAAUUCUUUCGAGAAAGAUACGAGGAUUUCUUGGGAGAAAUUUACACGAAAGAAAAUAUUUGGUUUCGCUCGGAUGAAAUGGAGAGAACCGAAAUGAGUGGACAACUCGUGGCAGCUGGACUAUAUCCACCUUCCAAAGAACAAAGGUGGAAUCCAGAUUUGAAUUGGCAACCUAUACCUGUAUGGACGAUAUCAGGUACUAUGGAUUGCCUUUAUAACAUUCAAUUUUCUUCAAGAUUUUAUACGUUGAGAAACAUAGUGGAAGAAACGGACGAAGAUGUGAUACAAUUUGAAAAAGAUAAUAAAGAUAUUUAUAAAUAUUUGUCCGAACACACAGGUGGUAAUAUCACACAGUCAAGAGUGUUCACAUUAUAUCAAUACUUAUUCACACAGAGAGAUGUUGGUUUAAAAUUACCAGAAUGGACGAAAUCAGUUUUUCCUCACGGAAAACUUGAGGAAUUAGCUAUAUACGACAUUUUGAUUCGUACUCGUACUCUGGAAUCGAAGCAAAUAUCAGGUGGAAUAUGGAUUCGCGAAUGGUUGAAUCAUGUUAAUGAUCACAUAAGCAAAAAAGAUUCGCGAAAAGCGUUUAUGUAUGCGGCACAUGAACUAAAUAUCGCAUAUAUACUUUCUGCAUUGGAUAAUUUCGAUAAUGAAAUUCCUUACUAUGGUAAUAGUCUGAUGUUCGAAUUACACGAAGACGAUAAUAAAUAUUAUGUUCAGGUACUUUAUAAAAAUAAGGAUAAUAUUCGAGUUCUUAAAUUUCCUAAUUGUGAUAAGAUGUGUCCAUUAGAUGAAUUCAAGAAAUUCGUAAAACCUUUAAUAUCGAUUAAUAUGGAAGAAAUAUGUGAACAAAAAUAAAGAAAUACAUAUAUUUUUUUGUAUUUUCCAACCUUUCUUUCAAAUUUUAAAUAUAUUGUAAAAAAAAUUUCAAAAUUUUAAAGAAAUUUUCCUUUAUAUAUGUAUCUAUAUAUUAUAAGCGAUCGAAUUUAAUUUUCGAGAUAUUCAUAAAAAACUUGGUACUGUUACAUUGAAUUAUUCUAUCUAAUAAAAUUAAUUUAUUAUGAAAUAUA